AUGGCGGAAGUUCAUGUUAUUGGCGAAAUUAUCGGUGCCAGUGGUUUUCCAUCGCAUAAUUUAUACUGCAAAUGGUCUGUCCAUGUUGAUGGAUUAUGGAAACUUUUAGCGGGACAGAAAGAAGGCCAGACACAAGUUGACAAUCCGCAAAACGAGGAAUGCGCAAAGUGGUGUCACCCUAUAGACUUGCAUUUUGCUACAAAGGGACUCAAAGGAUGGCCUAAAUUCCACUUUCAAGUCUGGCAUCAGGAUUCUUAUGGUAGAAACGAGAUUUACGGGUAUGGAUACUGUCAUGUUCCUACUUCUCCCGGGACACACAACGUGGAUUGCGUUACUUGGAGACCUUUGUGUUCGGGGAAAUUCGAACAACUUCGGAGUUUUUUCGUAGGCGGAGCUCCUCAGUUAAAAACUUCAGACGCUAUCUACACUGGUGCGGAUAGAUAUAAACUAAGAACAGUUGCUAUGGGAACAGUACAUUUGCAACUGGGUGUGAUAACAAGAAAUUUUGAUAAGUUUGGAGUCGAAUGUUAA